CACUUUCGUCACAAGAGCCUCUCGUCUCCGCAUCCAGUGACACCGCACAUGAGGAAGGUGACGCCGCCACGCAAGGAAGUCGAGAGGGAGGCUCCACCGCACCUCUCGGCAGUCCAGCGGCCACCCUGGGAUGCAUGAGCGCAAGCGGUACCGAGGCGAGCGAUGAGGAACCGACGAACGACAGCGGGGAUGAAAGCCGUGACUUGGAGACAGAUAGUGGUGUGCCUGAAUCUCUAACGGCGCGAAACGACGUAGACCUGGCGCAGGCUCCUAAAACGAUUACAGGUGCGUUGGCAACACCUGAAACAACAACGUGCAUCUCCGCCGAAGCACGUUGCGAUGAACCUGAGACUGGGAUAGUAAACGUAGACUCGUCUGCGUCAGAAGAGUUAUCAAAUGCUUCCAGAGCUCGUGAGUCAUCUAGAGAUGCAUCUGCAGCUACUGCGUCGGCUAAAGAAACAAAGGACACACGUGGUUCUCCUGAAACAAACACAGAUAUGUCCGUAGACACAUUGCCAUCUCAAGAAGUAAGCAGAAGUAUGUCACCACCUCAUGGAGCAGACAUGUCAUCUGCUGAAACAACUAUUGAGACAGUGGCAUGUUGCGAGUCAGACAUACACCCGUCACCUUAUUCUGAAGUGAUUAUAGACACAUUACCUUUUGAUGCGUCCACACUCAUAACUGUACCUACUGAGUUAUGUAACAGCACAUCUACAGGUGCAUAUACAGACACAAAUCCUGAGGCACCUAGAGAAACAUCUUCUGCAGCACCUUCAAACACAUCUACUGAAGCUGCUACAGACACAUCUACUGAAACAUCUACUGACACAUCUACUGAAGCUCCUACAAACAGAUCUGCUGAAGCUGCUACAGACACAUCUACUGAAGCUGCUACAGACACAUCUACUGAAACAUCUACAAACACAUUUACUGAAGCUGCUACAGACACAUCUACUGAAGCUCCUACAAACAGAUCUGCUCAAGCUCCUACAGUCAAAUCUCCUGAGGCUUCUACAGACACAUCUACUGAAGCUUCUACUGAAACACCUACAGACACAUCUUCUGCAGCACCUACAGACACAUCUGCUGAAGCACCUACAGACACAUCUACUGAAGCAUCUACAGACACAUCUACUGAAGCAUCUACAGACACAUCUGCUGAAGCACCUACAGACACAUCUACUGAAGCAUCUACAGACACAUCUACUGAAACACCUACAGGCACAUCUACUGAAAUAUCUACAGACACAUCUUCUGCAGCACCUACAGACACAUCUGCUGAAGCACCUACAGAGACAUCUACUGAAGCAUCUACAGACACAUCUACUGAAACACCUACAGACACAGUCAAAUCUUCUGCAGCACCUUCAGACACAUCUACUGAAGCUUCUACAGACACAUCUGCUGAAACUUCUACAGACACAUCUUCUGCAGCACCUACAGACACAUCUACUGAAACACCUACAGACACAUCUACUGAAGCAUCUACAGACACAUCUACUGAGGCUUCUACAAACACAUCUGCUGAAACACCUAAAGACACAUCUACUGAAAUACCUACAGACACAGUCAAAUCUCCUGCAGCAUCUUCAGAAACAUCUGCUGAAACAUCUACAGACACAUCUGCUGAAGCAUCUACAGACACAUCUGCUGAAACACCUACAGGCACAACUGCUGAAACGCCUACAGACACAUCUACUGAAACACCUAGAGACACAUCUACUGAAGCUCCUACAGACACAUCUACUGAAACAUCUACAGACACAUCUGCUCAAAAAGCUUCAGGCACAUCUGCUAAAGCACCUUUUGACACAUCUGAAGUACCUUCAAACACAUCUGCUGAAUCACCUUCUGGCACGUCUGCUGGAAAACCUUCAGAUACAUCUACUGAAGCACCUUCAGACGCAUCUGCUGAAUUACCUUCUGACAUGCCUACUGAAGCACCUCAACACGCAUCUUUUGUCACAGACAUGCACUUGUCCACAUCAAGUGAAGCUACUGUAGACACCUCAGUCGCUGGUGAAAGUGUUCAAAAUGUGUUCAUGUCAACGGAGACCAUGACCAUCUCCAAAGUGUUCCCACGACAACGUAAUGCACACCACUUUAAGCCAGCAGAUGAGCAGUGUGCAGAUCAAUUACCAACAUCAGCAGAUGAGGUUGAGGCCAAUGUAGCAAAUGCGGACACUUCACAUAUUGAGGAGGCCAGAAUAUUGAACUUUGGAUAUCCCGCAGUAGAUCUGGAACUCUCCGAAACUGAUAAAGCACUUUUAACCACAACCACAAACAUCUUACUGGACAUUCCCAUUGAUGUCAAGAUAGCAGAAGACAUGGCAUCCCGUGGACAAAGGCCACUGCCCAGAUACGGGAUCAAAGUGAGUCCAAGAUCUCCUUCUAAAACCAUCCAACAAGGAUUUUUUUAUCACAAAUAUAGCCAAGCGCUGGAUCUCGAUAGCAACCGCACAGAGUCCAGCGUGGACGCAGAUCCACCUUGUGCUCUGAAGCAUUUGGCUCUGCAGGAAGAGGGCGCACGAGGAAUGGAGCAGAGAAGAAAAUGCUCGGCGAUGGACUCAAAGAACAAGUGCGCAGGGGAACCCAGAACUCCUGGACUGAAGGGUAAUGGGCAAUUCAGCCCGGAGAGUGGAGGGCCCCUUGAGGAGGUGUCUUGUGAAUCCGCCGAGCCGUUGGGGAUGGACGGUGUGGCCCUGCAGCCAGCAGACACAGAACUGGUUCGCACCUGGGUCGAGAUUCGGCUCAGUAAAGCUUUCCCAGUGGUCCGCUCGAAGCCACAGUUCACCAGCCAACUGGGCAGCAGAUAAGUUUGCUUAAUGUGUCGUUCACGAAAGUGUGGAUGAUGGGAGACCACGUGAGCCUGCUGUGGUAUUGAGUGUUUGGUCACAGGGCGAGGGCGAUUUCCCCUGCAUGCGGGUGACGUUUCUCGGGCAUUGAGUGACUCGUCGGAUUAUUAGUAGCGCUGAACAUUUUAUCGAUUCGUGAACAGUGGUACUUAAGCUCAUGUAGCACGUUGAUCGCCCGUGUAGGAAUCAACGAUUUUCACACACAUGUCAUAUGCAACGGGGUCACGUGACCCCUGGAGCCGCUAUAGGUCGCUACAUUAACCGUAAAAAAAAUUGUGUUAAUAAUCAAACCCAAUUGCGACCAUGAUUGUGACAUUUCAUCUAAUUGCAUUCAAGUGAAUUUGUGACAUCCAUGAUUAUGGAUUCAAGAUAUAACACAAGCGCAAACAACGUCCAGCGGUUCGCAAUAUCGCCUCGCAACCCAGAUGCAGUAGUCGCGUGGCGAUGCGCAUUAUAUACCAAGCGCCAUGUCUGCGUGUAUGUAUUAUGUACAUGCACGGACACGCAGUUACAAUGCACACCGAGUGCUUGUACACGGCACGUGUACCACGUCGGCUCAAAUCGUAAGCACUUGCUAACAGCACUUUCUUUAUAGUGGUGAAGAGUUGUGCUGGAUAAUCGGGGACUGUUAUUCCCAUGCGUUUGUUUGUAUAGAGGGCGGUCCGUUAUAUAUUACAUGUCGUUUGCAAUACUUGCGGUACUGAAGGAAAUGUUUUUUGAUUGAGAAUUUUUUAGCUUUUUGUUUUUAUAUAAAUAUGCUCAUUUUACACUCGUUCAUUUUCAGGCAGCCAAAAAAGUGCCUUUUCCGAAGUGCUGGCUUUACCAUUGAGUUGUCAUAUCAUUGCGUUGUUAUAUAGCAGCGGCAGUCAUUUAUGCAAUUGCAUCUCACAGAAUGCUGCGCUAUUCUCAAACCCGGAGGCGCAUCGGUUGAGAUGUGUCCAUCCAGUUAGCGAUCAGUGUUAACCAUGUUGGAGGAAAAGCCAGAGAACUCAAGCGUGCGAGGGGACAAAACUCUUUCUCAUUCAGAUAGUCUCAGAUGAUAUGCCCACGUUGGCUGUACAGCCCUCUCCUGGCAAGCCAGGGUUAUGCCACCUCGACGCCUACGGAAAAGGGGUGAUUCACAACAUCCGUGCAACCCCAACCCUCGAUGCUGCCUCGCGUACAUAGCCACCACCGCCUGGCCACUCUCGGUAAACAAUAGUUACAUGGUUCAUAAACUUAGUGGGGUGAAUAGUAGAGCAGUUCAUUUUGAGUCAAAGCAUCAUUUCCUACUGUAGAAUCUAAACUGGUGUUGAAUUUGGCAGAAUAACACAAAAGACAAAAUUGUUAAUCAUUUUCUAACACCAAUUUAAAUUACAGUGUAGGAAAUAAUGCUGCUGAAUACCACAGACAAAUCCACGUGCAGUCACAUACGCUCUGUGCACGCAUGACACACUUUCAUUUGCUCGCAUCUGCACGCACGCUGCUACUUCCUUCCACAUACGCCCAGUUAAAUGAUCACUUCCAUAUUGCACACUCGCACACACAAGACACCCACGCCACGUUGCACACAUUCUAGAUUUGAAGCUUUCGUGACUGCAAGGAUUCAUAUUCUUAGGUUUUUUUUCGGUAAAGUCACGUAGGUAAAAAAAUUAAAUUAAUAAAAGUAAAAUAAAAUAAAAUAUUUUAAAAUAUUUUAUUUUACU